GUUGGUGCUUGGUGAGUUGGUUCGUUGUUCAAAGUGGCGAAGAUGAGUUUGAGAACCGCAGAGGACGAUUCUUCGCCGUCGGAGAUUCAUCUUCCGGCAGAGAUAGACUGGCACAUGCUCGACAAGUCCAAGUUCUUCUUCCUCGGCGCCGCCUUAUUCUCCGGCGUGUCCGCCGCACUUUACCCCAUGGUUGUCCUGAAAACUCGGCAGCAAGUUUCUUCUGCAAAAUACUCGUGCCUGAACAUGUCCUGCGCCAUUAUGCGCUACGAAGGUUUCAGAGGCUUCUACAAAGGUUUCGGAACUUCUCUGAUGGGAACUAUCCCAGCUCGCGCACUCUACAUGGCGGCACUCGAAGUCACAAAGAGCAAUGUCGGAACCGGCCUCAUCGAAUUGGGUUUCUCCGACACCACAGCCGCCGCCAUGUCUAACGCCGCCGCAGGUGUUACCUCUGCCAUGGCGGCGCAACUCGUGUGGACCCCAAUCGAUGUUGUGAGCCAGAGACUCAUGGUUCAAGGAUGCAGCAGCAGCAAUGGCGGUAGCAACAACAGCAUGCUGAGAAACCUCAACUCAGAGAAUUACAGGAACGGCAUUGAUGCUUUCAGGAAGAUUCUGUGUGCUGAUGGAGCGAGAGGGUUCUACAGAGGAUUCGGUAUUUCGAUAUUAACAUACGCGCCUUCGAAUGCAGUUUGGUGGACUUCAUAUUCAAUGGUGCAUAGAGUUAUAUGGAGUGCAUUUGGUUGUUACAUGUGUGACAAUAGCAGCAAUAAUUUUAGGCCUGAUUCAAGGGCCAUGCUUGGAGUGCAAGGUUUGAGUGCGGUUGUCGCAAGUGGGGUGUCGGCGAUUGUCACAAUGCCGCUUGACACCAUCAAGACCAGGUUGCAGGUUUUGGAUGCGGACGACAAUGGAAGAAGGAGGCCGUUGACUUUUGGUCAAACCAUAAGGAACUUGGUUAAGGAAGGUGGUCUUUUAGCUUGUUACAGAGGCUUGGCUCCAAGGUGGGCUUCAAUGUCCAUGUCUGCUACAACCAUGAUCACUACCUACGAGUUCUUGAAACGCUUGUCUACUAAGUCUCAAGAUAAAUUUACUUGAUUUCAUUUCCUUUGCUUUUUUUUUUCCUUUUUAGAAAAAGAAAAUAAAAUUGUAAUAGUCUGUAUGAGUUAGUUAGUCAUCACCAAGAUAUGAUGAGAGAUUAUUGUAUAUAUUCAACUCUUGUGUUUUC